AUGGAAAGAAGAAUCUCGGGAGGUACUGAUGAUACCAACAAAGCAACUCCUCCUACAAUUAUUGAUGGUAUUAGUGCUUAUGUUGUUGAAGGAGACACUGAGGACACAAAUGAUUCUGAUAAUAAUGUGGAUGAUGAUCUUGAUAAGGAGAAGGAGGACAACUCUAGUAAUGAGAAUGAUUUUGGUCCUCCAUUUGUGGAGGCUGAAGAAGAAGAUCAAAUUGAAGAACAUGAUGAUCCUGAGGAUUUCGAUAAUUAUGGUGGUUUUAAGGAGAAUGAUGAUCCUGAGGAUUUUGAUAAUAAUGAGAAUAAUGGUAAUCUUAUCAGGAUUCUAACUUGGAUGGACCCAAACGAUGAGUGA